AUGGCAUCCCCUCUGCCCUGGCUGUACAUUAUUCUUUGGCUAGAGAGUGCCCUAGGGAAACUUGAGGAUGAAGGCAACUUCUACUCAGAGAACAUCAGUCGGAUCUUGGAUAACUUGCUUGAAGGCUAUGACAAUCGGUUGCGGCCGGGAUUUGGAGGAGCUGUCACCGAAGUCAAAACAGACAUUUACGUGACCAGUUUUGGGCCCGUGUCAGAUGUGGACAUGGAGUAUACCAUGGAUGUUUUUUUCCGCCAGACUUGGACUGAUGAGAGGUUAAAGUUUGGGGGGCCAGCUGAAAUUCUGAGCUUGAAUAACUUGAUGGUCAGUAAAAUCUGGACCCCUGACACUUUUUUCAGGAACGGCAAAAAGUCAAUUGCUCACAAUAUGACAACCCCUAAUAAACUCUUCAGAAUAAUGCAAAAUGGAACCAUUCUAUACACCAUGAGGCUUACCAUUAAUGCCGACUGUCCCAUGAGACUGAUUAACUUUCCUAUGGAUGGACAUGCUUGUCCUCUCAAGUUUGGGAGCUAUGCUUACCCCAAAAGCGAAAUCAUAUAUACGUGGAAAAAGGGGCCACUUUACUCAGUAGAAGUUCCAGAAGAAUCAUCAAGCCUUCUACAGUAUGAUCUGAUUGGACAAACAGUAUCAAGUGAGACAAUUAAAUCUAACACGGGUGAAUACGUCAUAAUGACAGUUUAUUUUCACUUGCAAAGGAAGAUGGGCUACUUCAUGAUACAGAUAUAUACUCCUUGCAUUAUGACAGUCAUUCUUUCCCAGGUGUCUUUCUGGAUUAAUAAGGAGUCGGUCCCAGCAAGAACUGUCUUUGGGAUCACCACUGUUUUAACCAUGACCACUUUAAGCAUCAGUGCUCGGCACUCCCUGCCAAAAGUGUCAUAUGCAACUGCCAUGGAUUGGUUCAUAGCUGUUUGCUUUGCUUUCGUCUUCUCUGCUCUUAUUGAGUUCGCAGCUGUCAACUACUUCACCAAUCUUCAGACACAGAGGGCCGAAACAAAGGCACAGACUACAGCCCCACCCCCAGUUAUAGUAUCAAAAGUGACUGAACCCUUGGAAGAUGAGAUUGUUUUGCAUCCUGAUUCCAAGUACCAUCUGAAGAAAAGAAUCACCUCUCUGACUUUGCCAAUAGUUUCAUCCCCUGAAGCCAGCAAAGUCCUCACUAGAGCACCCAUCUUAGAAUCAACACCUGUCACCCCGCCACCAGUCUUGCCAGCCUUUGGAGGCACCAGCAAAAUAGACCAAUAUUCUCGAAUUCUCUUCCCAGUCGCAUUUGCAGGAUUCAACCUUGUAUACUGGAUAGUUUAUCUUUCCAAAGACACAAUGGAAGUGAGCAGUGGUAUUGAAUAA